GAAAACCUGGUAUCACUGAGCGGUGUGGUCACACUGUAAGACGCGUCGGACUUUUAGUUUUCAGCUACUUAAUUUUUCUAAAUUAAACGGUCGCCCUCGAAUCGAAAAACUAAUACACCAAAUGAAAGCAAAUCGAAAAAGCAUCGGACACACUCGGCCACGCAGCUGAAAGCGAAAAGCGCACCGAAAACUCCAGUGCACCAGCCACUUUUCCUCGUCGAGAUGUGUGUGUGUGCGUGUGUGUGAGUGAAAGAAAUUCCAACAAUGCGCAGCACAAUACCAAUACACACACACGCUGCCUGAAUCUCUUUAUGCAGCAGUGUACGCAAAAAGGGCAGCUGGGAAACUGGGAAACUUGCGGCUAAAAAAAAAUUAAGUAUAAGGUCUAAUCUCAUCACAUAUCACAUCAGGCGGGGCAAGGUUGGCAUGCCGUUGUAGGCAGCAUCCAGAGCAAAAGCUACCCCUCAUGGAUCCGUAUCACCAUAUCAGACAUCAUUAUCCACCCACAAGCAUAGCAGGCACAGGAGCGGUGGUGGGCAGCUCGACGACAAUCAACCGGCCGGAACUGCACCAAAAAUGCAACCGGGGCUCGCACUCCAGUGACACCAGUUCGGCGUACAGCGGCAGCGAUACAAUGGCCUCGAACUAUGCCUCGUCGCUGGAGGCCGAGGAGAUUGACCUCUCCGGGCUGGUGGAGUCCGUCGUGGACUCUGACGAGGAGGAUCUGGCGGAAAGCAUGGAUAGUCUAACCGUGCGCGAUGCAGUACGUGACUGUUUGGAAAAGGAUCCCGCGGAGCGCAGCGAGGAGGAUGUGGAGGUACUUCUGGAGUUCACGCAGGGCCUAAAAGCUUUCACCAACAUAACGCUGGCAGUACGAAGAGCACUAUGUUCCGUGAUGGUAUUCGCCGUGGUGGACAAGGCGGGCACCGUCGUCAUGUCAGAUGGUGAGGAACUGGACUCUUGGUCGGUGCUCAUAAACGGAGCGGUGGAGAUCGAGCAUGCAAACGGCAGCCGCGAAGAGUUGCAGAUGGGAGACUCCUUUGGCAUUCUUCCCACCAUGGACAAGCUCUACCACCGAGGUGUGAUGCGAACCAAGUGCGACGACUGCCAAUUUGUCUGCAUCACGCAGACGGACUACUACCGUAUUCAGCAUCAAGGCGAGGAGAAUAUUCGACGGCAUGAGGACGAGAACGGUUUCGUAGUCAUGGUCACAGAACUCCGGUCCAUUGGCGGUGCCGGCACUGACUCUGGUGGCAGUGGCGGAGCAGCCACUGGAGCUUCGGCUUCCCUAAACAUGAAGCGUGGUCACGUAGUUAUCCGUGGUACUCCGGAGCGUCUGCUACAGCAGCUGGUCGAAGAAAACUCGAUGACCGACCCCACAUACGUGGAGGACUUUUUGCUCACACACCGCAUCUUUAUUCAAAACCCACAAGAGGUGACCAGUAAGUUGCUGCAUUGGUUCGACUUGGAGCAGGUGGAUGCGCACAAGACGCAGGAACUGCGAGAUCGCGUUACUCGCGUCGUGCUUCUCUGGGUGAACAACCACUUCACCGAUUUCGAGGCGGACUUUGAGAUGAUGGAGUUUCUAGAGGUCUUUGAGGCACUGUUAGAGCGCAAAAAGUUGCUCAGCCAGCUGCGCCUGUUGCACAUAGCCUGUGCCGCUAAAGCGCGGAUGCGCAGCUGUACCCUCACUCGAUCUUCACGGGACGAGCCGCUCAACUUUCGCAUCGUCGGCGGCUACGAGCUUCGUGGCGUCGCCAUAGCCACCGGAAACGCAGCCGUGGGCAUAUACAUUUCGCAUGUCGAGCCGGGAUCAAAGGCACAGGAUGUGGGCCUAAAGCGCGGCGAUCAGAUUCACGAAGUAAACGGACAGUCGCUGGACCAUGUGACUAGCAAGCGAGCCCACGAGAUUCUCACGGGCACCACCCAUUUGAGCAUCAGCGUUAAGAGCAACCUGCUUGGCUUCAAGGAGAUUAUGCAGGCACUUGAGCAUGGCGGUGGAACAGCUGGAUCCGGAAGCAUUUCUGCGGGCAGCGGCAGUUUCAAGACCGUGCGAAGUCCAAGACGGAUUUGCGCCAAUGACAUUGCUAAGUUGCACGGUCGCUCGGAUAGCACCACCGACGAAUUGUCCGGCGUCAGUGCCUCAAAUCGGGCGCACAUGGUGCGCCUUAGUUCCGUCGAUAUGCUACUUGAUCAGCCGGACUGCGCUCCACCGCAAACGCCGCCAGUGAGUGGAAGCGGCAACAUGGCCUCCAAUUUUAUGCAGCAGCUCCUGCAAAGCGUUAAUAACAGCUCGGCCAAGAAGUCGACCGGCGCCAAUUCGGAUCAGCAGGACACGAAGGGCGGUUUUAUGACUCUGGCGCCAAAGCGACGGCUGCAGAAAGCGCUGGCAAAGAUGAAUUUGCUCAAUAAGCAAAAUCACGGCAGCAGUCUUAACGACUCCUCGGAUACGCUGCUCAACGAUCCCAAGUCAAAACUUUCUGCGGUCAGCUCGUGCAGCAGUUCCACUCAGUCGUCUAUCAACGGCUGCACGGUCAGCGGGAGUGGCCGGCUCUACCAGUCGCAAUCGAAUCCGGAUUUAACGAGCCUCAACUAUGAUGGAGGCAGCGAUGCGGGUGGAAACGGUGGAGGAAGAUUGCAAGUGAACUACCUAAAUGCCCACAUUCAUCGGCCAUCAGCGGCCAGUACUUUGACGACAAACUCGACGCAAUCGCACCUUUUGCCCGACUACCCGGACCACGUGCUUAAGGUGUACAAGGCAGACCAGACAUGCAAAUAUGUGCUCAUCUACAAGGAGACGACGGCCCACGAGGUCGUAAUGCUGACACUGCAGGAGUUUGGAAUUCACGACCCUAGCUCCAAUUUCUCGCUAUGCGAAGUGAGUGUAGGCGACGGGGGUAUGGUAAAGCAGCGCCGUUUGCCCGAUCAGCUGCAGAACCUGGCCGAACGAAUAAGCUUUGCGGCGCGUUACUACCUCAAGUUAAACGAUAGCACCGAACCGCUGGUUCCAGACGAACUGGCCUUGGAGCUGGUACGCGAGUCGAACGUGCACUUCCUGCAUCUGAAUGCAUACGAGCUGGCCAUUCAGCUCACUCUACAGGACUUUGCCAACUUCCGUCAGAUUGAGUCCACCGAAUACGUGGACGAACUGUUCGAGUUACGCUCGCGCUACGGAGUGCCAAUGCUGAGCAAGUUUGCUGAACUGGUAAAUCGCGAAAUGUUUUGGGUUGUGAGUGAGAUUUGUGCCGAACACAACAUUGUUCGCCGCAUGAAGAUAGUCAAACAGUUUAUCAAGAUAGCGCGCCACUGCAAGGAGUGCCGCAACUUUAACUCCAUGUUUGCAAUCGUCUCCGGACUUGGACACGGCGCUGUGUCGCGGCUGCGUCAAACGUGGGAGAAGCUGCCCUCCAAAUACCAGAGGUUGUUCAACGACCUGCAGGACCUAAUGGAUCCCUCGCGCAACAUGAGCAAGUAUCGGCAACUAGUGUCCGCCGAACUGCUGGCUCAGCACCCCAUCAUCCCGUUCUAUCCGAUUGUCAAGAAGGAUCUCACCUUUAUUCACCUGGGCAAUGAUACGAGAGUGGACGGCCUAAUCAACUUUGAAAAGCUGCGUAUGCUGGCCAAGGAGGUACGCCUGCUCACGCACAUGUGCAGUUCACCAUACGAUCUGCUGUCGAUCCUUGAGCUCAAGGGGCAGUCUCCCUCGAACGCUCUCUUCUCGCUCAAUCAGAUGUCUGCGUCGCAGAGCAACGCUGCCGCUGGCACAGUUAUCGCCGCCAAUGCCGGCCAGGCAACUAUCAAGCGGCGCAAGAAGUCGACGGCGGCGCCCAAUCCCAAGAAGAUGUUUGAGGAGGCGCAGAUGGUCCGUCGGGUGAAAGCAUAUCUCAACAGCCUCAAAAUACUCAGUGACGAGGACCUCUUGCACAAAUUUUCGCUGGAAUGCGAGCCGGCGCACGGAUCUACAUACUCGGGCAGCAUCUCGCACGGAAAUACCUCACACCGAAGCGGUGGUGGAGGCAGCAUAAGUGGCGGUGGCGGUGGCAGUUCCGGCGGAGGCGGCGGUGGCAGUUCCAGCCUCAAUGCCGGCGACCAAUUGAGCAUAUAUUCCCAUACCAGCUCCAGCUCGGCACCGAACUCCUCCCUCUCGCUGCGCAAGAGGCAUCCAAGUUCACCUACCCUUUCGACAACCAGCUCAACGAGUUCCACCAGCGAUCAUCAAAGAAGACAGAUGCAUAACAACGGUCCAAAGUUCGGCACAGCUUCGCCGCAGGCAGUCAAGAAGAUGCUAUCGUUGUCGGAGUCCUCUAAGAUUCGGCCGCACCAGCCAUUCGUGCCGCGUCACGGAUCCACAAUGGCCGGUGUGAUUCCUCCACUACAUCACAUGCAUGCGGCACAUGGUUUCAGCACACCGUCGCCUGGAGGAGUGGUCACCUCACCGGCGACCAGUGCCGUGGCCAAUGCCCAGUGUACGCCGAGUCCUAGUCCCUGCUCCCACCGACGGUUGGCUUCUGGAGGCAACAUUAUGCCCUCUCGCGCCAUCCACGAGCGGUCGCACUCGGACACUCCAGCUCCGCCGCCGCCCCUACCCUCGGUAGAUCUCUCCCUGGAGAGCAGUAGUGUAACUACGUUUCGCGAUUUACCAUUGCGCAAAUCCGUGACUUCCGGUUCCAUAUCGUCCUGCGACAGCGGUUACGUGCAUCAGCAGCAGCAGCAUUACCACAUGCAGUACCAGCAGCAACCGAGCAGCUCGCAACACGAGCCAUCCCCGCCGGUCUAUACCGCAGCCGACUGUCGGUUGCUCCAGCAAAUAUCGAACAAUGCGGUGACCCGCAACUUGAACAGUCCCUGUCAAAGCACAAACACACCACCCAGCACACCUACACCUCCACCGAUCCAGCCCACAGCAACCAUACAGCUUUCUGCACCGCCGACGGCAGCAGCAUACAUGCACGUACGCAGCCAGCAUCAGCAGCUCCAGCAACAACAACAACAGCAAUCUUUGGCCAUGCCACCUCCACCGCCACCACCCUACAAUGUGCCCCCCCUGGGUAGCCUCUACAGCCACCACCAGGGCACUGCUGGCAGCAGGCACCUGAACCACAUGCAUGGUGGCCCGCCAAAUUUUAUGGAUAGCACCAAGUGUACCAUAUGCCCCAUGCCACCCAUGAAUCAAUAAUGAAUCAAAUUGUGCUGUUUUAACUGCUAUAUGUUUAUUUAAUUAGUUCAGAUAGAGUUGCCAAAAUUUGUUAAUGGUUGUGGUUUCAAUUUCGCCAGCAAUCAAAAACGACUAAUCCAAUCACCUUUACCCCCUCACCGGAGCAGCAAAAACAUAACUAGAAUCCAUUUUUUAUUGCGUAUCUAGAUUUAGUAACUGAGAAUUUAAUUUUAGUUAGGGCCUACCAUUUAUUAUUUAAUUUAGCUAAAUUCUUUGUACACACUUUCUACCCAUCAUUCACCGCCAGCGUAGAAGUUGCCUUUUCUCUUAAAAGAAAACGUCUGCAGGCAGACCUCCUCAGCAGACCCAACUAAAACUCUUUUGAAGACUUUUCGUCGGCAUUUACAAGUGUAAGAACAGAACAAAAUAAUUUUAAAGCCCAGCACAACAACGAGACGAUCAAUUGAUAUAGAAACGCAAACGGAAUCAACUCAAAGCUACCAUUAAUUCCAUUAAUGUAUACUUCUUUACUACUUAUGUACAAGCUAAUUUUAUUACAAACAUACUCCUUUAUACGCUAUAUAUAUUAUGAAAAACCUUCGCUCCAAUUCCAAAUAUUUAGUUAUUAAGCCCAAAAGAGAGAUAGACAAAACAUUUUUUCGAAUAUAUUUUUUGACCAUUCGUUCCCAAGAAUUCAAAGGAAGAGUGGCAGACAAAUGCAAUAUUUGUGUAUAGAAUUAUACAACUCCUAGCAAUACCUAGACUAGCCCACAAAAAAAAGUAAAUCAUCAAAGUACAACUUCCUCGAAAGACAGAAAUAAGUUAUGAAAGACAAACCUGAGACAUAUAAAAACCAUAUAUAAUGA